AUGGUUACAGAGGCCAGGACCCUGAUCUCGGUGUUUGUUGCGCCGGUCGCAACACUGAUCAGCACUAGUGAGGAAAUAAGAGCCAGCAUCUGCUAUUUACAUAAACUCCUAGCGGUCCCAGAGGCUCACAGCCUGCCGUCCAAUCAGAUUCCCGUGACUUGGAGGCUUCAUUUGAAUACGGACACAAUAAAUAGCGCUGCCUGCGCUCGGCACACUCAUCUCGGUUUCUGCGACUGCACCGCCCGGGUUCCGGUGCCCGGUCCGCGGCCCCCUGCCCCUUCGCCCGCACACUCGCGCCCCAGCUACCUCCACUCUAGCCGCCUCCUGGCGUUCCUGCGUACCCCGCCAGCCCCGAGCCGGCCUCCCUGCGACGCCCCCGCCGCCCCCACCCGGGCAUCCGCGCCCCCCUUGGAGCCCCUGUGCCCGCGCUGCCUGAGCCCCGGAGUCCCCACCGCCGCGUUGCCCCACCCCCACCCCCGCGCUGCCCGGCCAAGCCGGAUCCUUCCCACUCCGCCCAAGAAGGGCUCCAAGAAGGCCGUCACCAAAGCGCAGAAGAAAGACAGCCGCAAGGAGAGCUACUCCAUCUACGUGUACAAGGUGCUGAAGCAGGUGCACCCCAACACCGGCAUCUCGUCUAAGAUCAUGGGCCUCAUGAACUCGUUUGUCAACAUCUUCGAGCACAUCGCCAGCGAGGCCCCUGCCUCGACCGUCACGUCCUGCGAGGUGCAGACGGCCGUGCGCCUGCUGCUGCCGGGCGAACUGGCCAAGCACGCUGUGUCUGAGGGCACCAAGGCCGUCACCAAGUACACCAGCUCCAAGUGAGGCGCGCCGGGCGCCCUGGAACCCAAAGGCUAUUUUCAGAGCCACCUCUGAGCUCAGAAAGGAGACUGCCAGCCGCUCUGGUUGUGAUGUACUGCUCCGGCAGGGUUCUGGGGGGCGCUGCAAUGCGCCACGGAAAGCGAGACUGGACUUCAAAGGCGCAGACCCUGCAAAGGCGCGUUGAGUCAGCAUCUACCCAGCCAGCAGCCAGAGAGGGCACGGCCUUAGCUUUAGGCAGAGACCCGGUCACCUCCAGGAAGGCCUCAGGCCAACCUCCCUACUAGCACCCCCGUGUCUCUUAAUGGAUUAGGUCUGCGUGCGCUGGACGGAUGUGGGGUUCGAUGAGGCCCUGGGUGUUGGGCUCAGUCUUGGCGGUGACGCUUGGGCUGGUCCUUCCCUCCUUUGCCUCUUGUCAAAUACACGAAAGCAGUGUUCAGUUUAAGCAGCUUUUUGUGGGCACCACAGUUCCUGUUUGAAAAAUCAGAACAGCAGGUGCACAGGUAGUGGCCUCCAUCAUCAUACUCUGCUAAAAUCAUUCAUAUUAGGAGAUCAGUUUAUGUGGGGUUUUUUAAAUUUUUAAUGUUUACUUUUGAGAGAGAGAGAGAGAGAGAGCGUGAGCAGAGGAGGGGCAGAGAGAGAGAGGGAGACACAGAAUCUGAAGCAGGAUCCAGGCUCUGAGUCCCAGGCCACUCAGGGCUCCAACUCACAAGAACCAUGAGAUCAUAACCUAGGUCAAAGUCUAGGCCCAACGGACUGAGCCACUCAGGCGCCCCUAAUUUGGUUGUUUUGUUUUUUGUUUGUUUUUGGUAUAUACUUUUAACGAAAGCCUUGUAAAUAGUGAUAGAGCCUUUUUGACAAAACGAAUGGAGCACUUUAAACACAUACACACAAGUAAACCAUAUGCAAGGUGGAUUUAAUUUGCCCACUUUAUUUAUAACUGAAGCUGCAGGCUUGACUGUGGCCCAGGCUUCUCUCGCUCUAAAAAAUACCCCAGACUACAAAAAACACCACAAGAGCAUCCCAGUCUGAAAGCAAAACACUUCCCAGGAUUUGGAUUUCCAGUUCAGUCCCAAGAGGUGGGCAGAGGCCUUCUGAUUCCUGGCCCCUAGGGGUGUCCAUCUCCGGUGAUGUCACGCUUCCAUCAAAUCUUAGCCUCCUACACUAAAUUCUUUGUUUUGCGUUUGUACUUUUUUUAUUAAAGAGAUAGCCCUUCCCUCUCCAUCUUUGGUUUACUCCAUAGUAAUUAGCAAAUUGGACUUAAAAUUUUUGGCUGAGAUGAGGGGAGGAGAGAGUCUCUUCAAUGCAUUUUAUUUUUAAAGUUUAUUUUUAUUUAUCUUGAGAGGGAGAUAGAGAGUAAGCAGGGGAGGGGCAGAGAGAGAGAGGGAGACAGAAUCCUAAGCAGGCUCCACGCUGCCAGCAUAGAGCCCAAUGUGGGGCUCAAACUCACCGUGAGAUCAUGACCUGAGCCAAAGUCGAGAGUCAAAGGCUUAACCAACUCAGCCACCCAGGUGCCCCCUCUCAAAUACAUCUCAGGGGAUACCUGCAAAAUCCCUCCAGUGCUUUCCAGAGCCUUACUCUUUGGCCUGUACUUUUGGUAUUUCAGGCCUAGAGAAGUCUUCCAUUGUGUUGAUUCCUUACUCUGUGAGUCUAAGCAUUUUUAAAUACUCAGUGAACCCCUUCCUUCAGCCUCCAACUUAAUGCAAAUAACAUUUCUUUUUGUUGUAGUAGUAUUACUGACUGGGCUCUGUAUUCAGAUUCUCUCCAUUUUCUUCAUUAUAAAUUCUCAAGGGCAGGAACUCUGUUGCUCUGCAUCGUCCUUAAUAGAUUCUCACUCCCGUGGUAGGAGAGGGCCCAACCAGGCCCAUUCUUCCCCUGGGGCUGCCUCAGCAUCCUCCACACUGUUCAGCAAAUAGAGGCAGCCUCCUCUCCUCCUCCUCCUCCUUCUUUUACUUCACACUAAUUCUGUGUGUCUGAAGAAUGAAGGGACUGAGAAAUUAAUCGACAUUUUGCAUUACCCACAACAAAACAUUUUCAUGCAACUGUAUUUGGGAAUUAUGUUUAUUCUGCUUCUUGAUUUUAUUUUAGGGACUAAAUAAACUAUGUUGUUUCUCACUGCUAGCACAGUCCCACACUACUGGAGACAAGUUGCAUUUUAUUAAACCUAGGUCUGAAGCUUAUUAUUAAAGCAGAGAAUGACCUGGAUCUGGGACACUAGUUUCCUGUUACCAGAAGUGCUCAUUAAGAUCGUGAUGCCUAAUCUCCUUCCUUCCAUAGGUAGAGGAGGGCUCAGAAUCAAUCAGGAGGCCCCUGCUUCAUAGUGUAGGACUGGAUUCUGUAGUUUCCGAGAAGAAUCAGACAGCUCUUGAGAAGAUUAAAGGUGUUGAUUUUGACGUAGAUUACUGUUUUCAAAUCUGGGGAUCAUAACUAGCAGGGAAAGAAUUGAGUAAAAUAACUGUGGCAAAAUUUCUGUAUCUAUGAGUUGUGUUGUGUUGUUUUUGUAAAUAUUUCAGAGUGUGUAUCUAUGGAUACACACUAAUAAUGGAAAUGAAAUGAUGCACACUGCUAUCAUUGUAAGCAUAACAAUACUCUAUAUGUCCACUGAUGCAUAAAGUGAGGCAAUAGGAACCACCAUCAAUCCCAGUAAAUGAGGUAGGUUUCACUAAAAUUCUAACUGAGAAUUACUUACGAUCAUGUAUCUGUGAUAACUAGCUAUCAAAACUUAUGUUUUCAAUAAAUGUGUACUGCCCAGAUGACUUUUAAAACACUUUUUGUCACCUGCAAGUAUUUUUAAAUUUCAAUUUACGUUGGGGUGUGUGUGUGUG